AUGGGACACCCUCCUCUGCUCGCCGAGGACCGCCUCAUCGCUGUCGGACCAGAGGACAAGUUCGGGUCGUUGUGGUCCGUUCCCUCGAUAUUUUCUUUUGCACCACCUACUUCUGCCAAGCUCAAGAUGAAAAUUCAACGCGCACCGAUGGCCAUAGCUGCCUCGGUCGAUAUGAUCCGACCGCCGUGUCUCCGCAGGGGGAGCGGCGAUUCGGCGUGA